UCCUAGCCUGCGUUUGCAGGCACACCGUGGAGAUACUGCGGCAUGGUUCCAGAGCACCGCAAUCAAGUGAGCGCUACAAUAAAGACCUGUCCCGACAGCCGUUAAAACAUGGUGGAUUACUAUGAAGUCCUGGGCGUGCAGAGACACGCCUCAGCCGAGGAUAUCAAAAAGGCAUACCGGAAACUGGCACUGAAGUGGCACCCAGAUAAAAAUCCUGAGAAUAAAGAAGAAGCGGAGAGGAAAUUCAAACAAGUCGCGGAGGCGUAUGAGGUGCUGUCAGAUGCUAAAAAACGGGACAUCUAUGACAAAUACGGCAAAGAAGGAUUAAACGGUGGAGGCGGAGGUGGAAUUCAUUUUGACAAUACUUUUGAGUUCGGCUUCACAUUCCGGAACCCAGAUGACGUCUUCAGGGAAUUUUUUGGUGGAAGGGACCCGUUUUCAUUUGACUUCUUCGAAGACCCAUUUGACAACUUCUUUGGGAACCGGAGGGGACCCCGUGGGAGCAGGAACCGAGGCACAGGGUCGUUCUUCUCUACCUUCAGUGGGUUCCCGACGUUUGGAGGAGGGUUUCCUUCUUUUGAUGCAGGGUUCACUUCCUUCGGGUCACUGGAUCACGGGGGCCUCACUUCAUUCUCCUCCACGGCGUUUGGUGGUGGCGGGAUGGGCAACUUCAAAUCAAUAUCAACGUCCACGAAGAUGGUCAACGGCAGAAAAAUCACCACAAAGAGAAUUAUCGAGAAUGGUCAAGAAAGAGUGGAAGUUGAAGAAGACGGCCAGUUAAAGUCCUUAACGAUAAAUGGUGUAGCCAACGAGGACGCCUUCCUGGAAGAGUGCAGGCAGAGAGGCCAACACGCGCUGCCCUCGCAGGCCGCCAGCGCCAGCGCCAGCGCCCGCCCGCUCAGGUCCCAGAAGCCCACCUCUCUACCCAGACACGCGUCCCCUCCCUAUGUGGGUGAGGACGAAGACGAGCAAGGGAGACACCGGGCCACCGGCCUUUGGGACCCGUCCGUGUUCUCAGCAGGGUUCAAAGAAGGUGGCAAGAGGAAGAAGCAGAAGCAGAGGGACGAGUCCAAGAAGAAGAAGCCGACCAAAGGGCACCGCUAGACGGACGUGCGGCCCGCCGAGCGCCCGCGCCCCGGCUGGCUGUGUGUGUGCACGCGUUAGGUAGCGGCAUCUGCUUCCCCACUGCCCCAAGACCACCACUCCUCACACACUGGGGACGCUGAUCACGGGUCAGUCAGACAGGGCCGGUGGGAGCCUGGGAGACGGGCGGGCGCGAUGGCCAGGUGGCGAGGGCGGGGUGUCCCCUGGACCGUCCCUGCCUCUCCCCAGCAUCAGCGUGUGCUCGGAGUGGACGAGGGUCUAACCCACUUUCUCGCCGGGCCAACCGCUGUGCAAACUGCUGGGGUGUCUAGCUGUAGAGGUGCGAUUGUGAGGUGCCCGCAGGCCGCCAUCUGUGCUCAUGAAGUGACUGUCCUUCGUCACGCAGUGCUGCCCUGGAAGCUAGAGCUAGGUAAGUGUAGGGUGACAUGCAGGUGACGUCAUCACACCCAAGCUGUGGCCACCACGCACUUCCCCUUCAGUUUCUGGAGCCAGACCUGAAGAGCGGCCUGGCCCUACACGGUGGCCUUGGCAAGUCACUUCACAUGUCAUUCCCUGUGUUUAUUGCUUUAAAUUUGAUCCCCUCCAAGCGGUCCAAAUUUGACUUCGAAUGUUUAAUUUUUGCUAAACCCCAUUUUUUUCUUGGACCCGUAGUUCUUUUUAGGACGUUCACAGAAUUCUACAAAACACCCACACCCACACCCACACCCACCCAGUGAGUAUGCUGAACUCAGUAUUUCAGUUUGUAAACAUCGGUCCUUUAAAAAUCCACCUUAUUGUAGCAAGUUUCUCCCAGCCCCCCGUAAUUCUUUCUUUGCAUGAUCUGCUCUUAACCCUCUGCGCUCUGAGCACCGCUGCCCGCCGCUGCCCGCCGCUGCCUUCUCCUCUAACACAGAGCCUGUCCUCCAUAUCUUCUCUUCCUUGGCCCUCUUGGAAACUCGGGCGUCGUGAAAAGCCUGACGUCAUUAAACAAUGCCAGCAACUGUAAUGUCGCAGUGUUGAAACCUGGGGGUGUUUCGGUCGAGUCCUGUGGCCAUGCCAUGGCCUGGGGGCCAGAAAUGCGAGUGUCGUGUGACUUCCUGGUGACUGUUACAGGGACGUUUGGUUUUGCUGGGAGCGGUGCCGACUGUGGUGUGAAUUGCGCACGGGUGUGUGAUGCUUGCUGCGGAAAAUGUAACCAUGAAAGCAUAGCGUGUUUUCAGUGCCACCCACGUGAAUAAAAUGUAAGCGUCAAAUGUC